AUGUUGACAGUGUGCUGGGGGGCAGUGCACAGGUGUAAUACUCUCUCUCACUCACAGGGGGCAGCACUGGGCUCGAUGGUCGGACAGAUGACUUAUGGGAAACGUCAGUUUGAGGCGUUGGAUCCAAUGAUGCGGAAGCUCAUACCCCCGUUUCACUCGGCCAUGAACCAAUUUUACAAAAUGGUGGAUGAAGACGCCAAUGCUUUUAAUGCAUACAUGGCCGCUCUGAAGAUGCCCAAGAACACAGAGGAGGAGCGAAUGCGGCGGCAGCAGCAGAUGCAGUCUGGUCUACAGGAGGCAGUGAAGGUCCCCCUGUUGUUGGCCCAAAGAGUCUCUGGACUCUGGAGUCCUCUAAAAGAGCUCUGUCUCCACGGCAACGCAGCCUGCCUAUCAGAUGCUCAGGUCGCGGCUAAAGCUUUGGAGACCUCUGUGUUUGGAGCUUAUUUUAACGUCAUCAUAAAUCUGAAGGACGUGACCGACACAGAGUUUAAACUGAAGACGGAGCGUGAGGCCAAAGCUUUGCUGCAGGAGGCUCAAGACUGUGCGUCCGUCUGCCUUUGUGCCUGUGAGCAACGCACUUCCCAGAACUGA